AUGGCCAUGGAGCAGGGAAGAGUGACGGAAUUCGAAGGAAAGAGCCUCGACCAGAUACAAAUUGAGCCUGAAGGGAGAGCAGUAGAGAUCCUCUCACAAACGGACGGGCUAAAAGAAACUUCAAGCGGAGAACCUUCAACCAUUCAUCCAGAUGCACCCCAUGGUAGUGGCAGUGCCCCUUCUGAACGUUGCGGGGCGUACUGUAGUGCGGUGCAGCUCAGAAUGGCCGGGAGCCUCUUCAGAAGGCUCUCUCUGGAGGAAGGAGACUCGGUCAACUCUCUGGACGGAUUAGAAAUUAAGCAGGGAGACCAAGCCAUGCACCAGGCCCUGGACACGCUCAGCGACAGCACCAGCUCCACCACCGCCAACGACCUGGACCUCAUCUUCCUCAAAGGCAUCAUGGAGAGUCCCGUGGCCCACGACCGGCUGGAGGAGCCCAAACUGGAGGCGGUCCGGGAGAACAACAUGGAGCUGGUUCUGGACAUCCUCAAAGAGCUCAGUCCUCUCACUCACAGGAGCCAGGCGGCCGACGAGCUGGUCCGCAUCCUCAAGGAGCCACACUUCCAGCGUGCGACUCAUCUGGUCCUUGCGGGCGACCUGGUGCCCGCGGGCACCGCGUUGGUGACCCCUGAUCCAGAGUGA